ACGCGCGAGCGGUGCGCGAGCGGCGUGACAGCGUCUCACGCCGCGCCGGCAUGGGGUGCUGCUCGUCGAAGUCGUCGACCGCGGUCGAGGAGAUCGGUCCUCCCGAGGGCGACCACGGCUCCCCGGGAGGGGACCGCGAGAGCGGCGGACGUUCGACCGCGGGCGCGCCCUCGACACCGCCGAGGAAGCCGAAGGAAGCGUUCGGCUCGAGCGACUCGAGACCGGUGCCAAAGGCGCGCUCGUUCGGCCUGGACGACGGCGUCGACGAGGCGAACGCGUCGACGCGUGCGAAGAAGAACGCGUGGGGGGCGCGAGGUCGAGACUCGGCACCGCUCUUCGGGGGAGGAGAUGGAGAUGGAAACGCGCUCGAGGAGGAGGACGACGACCUCGAGGCGGACGCGCGAGCGGGGAUGAAACGAGUCAGCGGGAAGGGAAACGAUCAGCGACCGGCGACGAUGCCGGGAUAUAACGCGGACGCGGAGGCCGCCGCCGCGGAGGAGGCGGCCGCGGAAGCGAAGAGACGGAAAAAGGCGAACAAGAAUCGCGUCACCGAUCUCGAGGACUACGACUUAGAGUCCGACGUGCCGCUCACGCUGGAGCAGAAGCUCGCGAGGAAAGCGUCGAAGAAGGACGGCGACGUCGGCAUCGUCCGAGCGGAGGUUCGCGCGAAAAUCUUCGGCGACUUCGACGACUUUGGCGACGACGACGAACGCGGCGGCGGCGCAGCGGGUGCCGACGGCGGGUUAGGGAUCGGCUUCAGCGCGCCGCCGCCCGUCAUCCAAGGCGCGAGUUUCAAGAAGCGAUCCGGCAUCGCUCCCGUCAACGCCGGCGCGAGCGGUGGAGGCUUCGCCGGCGGAGGCUUCGGCGCCGCGGGCUUCCCAGGGCCGAGCGGACCGGCGAGUCCGCGGUCGAAAAACUUUCUCGCGCCGGUCGUGCGUCGAACCGCGGGAAACAAAGCCCAGGCGUCGACCGCGGCGGCGGUCGACGAGCCGCCGCAAGAACCGCGGCGAGGUCUCGCGGCGGACGCGUUCGCCGACGACGACGAGUUCGAGUUCAGCGACGCGAAGUUGAAGGAUGAUUCGCCGAGCCCGUCGCCGCGGCGGGCGGAAGACGCGGCAACGUCGCCGGUCGACGUCGCCGCGGACGAAUACGACGACGACGACUUCGAGGUCGAGGAAGCCGUCCGAGCCCCGGAGCCGAAGAAGCCCGAUGAGGACGACAGCUUCGAAUUUCGAUCGCCGCGAUUGGACGCGGACGUGGACGCGGACGCGGACGCGGCGGACGACCCCCCCCGGGUUUCGGUUUCGACGUCGUCGGCGCGCGUCGACGAUCCCGUGCAGACGCGGCUGGCGGCGAAGUACGACGAUCCCGGGGAGGAGGACGACUUCGACACGCCGGACGACCUGAGCGAUACCGAGACGCCGCGAGCGUCCGUGGCGGUCUCGAGCGCGGUGUCGCCGUCGAGUCCGAUGGUGUCAGUUCCCGGGGAUGGUUUUUCCCCGGCGGCGCCGGGGUCGCCGCCGGCGGCGGCGACGGACGGCGUCGCAGACGAGGCGAUCGAGGCGGGGGGCGAGGGGGACCAGAGCGUGGAUUACGACGACUUCGGCGCGCCCCCUGACGACGACGACUCCGACGAUUCCGUGUUUUGA